AAUGUUCUGCUUUAGACCAGGUGGAUGUUACGUACUUAGACAUGUAGCACCCACCUAGACCAGACCAGAAUGAACCAGGAUCCAGACCAGAAUGAACCAGGAUCCAGACCAGGAUGAAGCCUGACACGGACACAAAAACGCUUUAGGAAUAAGUCAAGAAAACACGGAGAACAGCACAAGCUUUCAAAUUGACAAGUGUCUGUGGCCCUUCCCCUCAACCCAUAGGUUAGGACCCAAGGGCCCCGAACUGACAACAUCCUGUUACCAGACACCACAGGACACCUACAGAAGGCCCACGCCCAUUCUCUGAUGAGUCACAGCUGUUUUGGAGGCACAAGAGAGGCCUACACGAUAUUAGGAAGGUGGUCAUAAUGUUAUGCCAGAUCUUGUCUGUCCUCUUUGGGUUUAGGAUUAAGAUUCAUGUUGUGCAACUCUGUGAAACUUUGGCAGUAAACCCACAAACCAAGCUGAUUGCAGCUUUAUAUAUCUGAAGUCCCACGUUCCUUCUAUUACCAGGGAACUCAAAGAACAUUUUAAUGAUAAUAUGAACCAAAGGAAACGGUUCAAAAUCCUCUAAAACCCCAAAUCGUUACGACCUUCUAGUUCUCUAAUCUUGCUACUCUCUUUUUUUAUUUUAUUCAUCAUUUUCUCAUUUGUCAAAUUUAAACAGAUUUGUACAGUUGUAAAAAAAAAAAAAAAAAAGAACUGUGACAGGCUACCUGAAACGUAUUUAUAGCAAAUGCUGAUUUGUGUUUUUAAUAAAAAAAAAAAAUAAAGAAGAAAAAAAAGAUCUCGUUUUAAAAAAAAAUCUGUCUUUAAACGUCGGUGUGCGUCCUUUGUGCAUUUUUAACACGAACAGAGUGAUACAACCUCACUGCAUAUAAAAUAAGAGACACUGGGCCUGUGGAGUUCCUUGGAUACUGAUUUUCCUUGUGGCACCUUUAUGUGAAAUCCAAAGCGUCUCAGAGUCGUUCGGUGGUUUGGCUCGAGUUUACGAUCGGGCAUUACAAAGCUGACUGGCAGCCUCCGCACAAGGUCGACUCGUACCUUGACAUCCCAACAAUGCUUUGAUGGCGGGCUGGUAAGAAUAGACUCCGCGGGCCCCGGCCUCUGCAGACAAGAGUGAGAGGCAGCGACACCACAGCGGAGGUGAGUGUAUUUAUUGCGCGGCAACUCCUCGGCCGACCGACAUCAAGUGCAUUUUGGAUUUGACGCUGUUGGGAGAGUUUCACUUUGUUUCUCAUGGGUUCGGCUGAAUGAGAGUGAGGACGAUGGGAGCGUUUGACGUGUUCUUCAUCACUAUCAGUCACAAUGUGUCUUUCAUUGGUAAAACCUGGUGGGUCCUGAUGCUGGUUUUACGUGUCCUCGUCCUCCUGCUGGCCGGCUUCACGCUGUUCAGCGACGAGCAGGAGCAGUUCAUCUGCAACACCCUCCAGCCCGGCUGCUCCAACGUGUGCUUCAACGUGUUCGCCCCCGUCUCCGUCCUCCGCCUCUGGCUCUUCCACCUCAUCCUCCUCUGCCUUCCCCACGCGGUCUACGCCACCUACGUCAUGCACAAGGUUUUGUCGCACGGCUACUUCGGAAGUUUCUACUGGAGUCGAGGAGGCUCGCCGCUCCCCCCGGAGAACUCGAGCUCCUCGAGGGAACACGAACUCACGCGCGAGCUGGGCGCGCCGCGGUUCUACUGUUCCUACUUCCUGGUCGUAAUUCUGCGGAUGGUUCUCGAGGCGGUUUUCGGCGCGGGCCAGUUUUUUCUCUUCGGUCUGGCGCUUCCUAAGAGCUUCUUCUGCUACGAGGCGCCCUGCACGUCUGGGGUGGAGUGCUACAUCUCCAGGCCGACGGAGAAAACCCUGAUGCUCAACUUCAUGCUCGGCGUCGCCUCUUUGUCCAUCCUGCUCAGUUUCGUCGACCUGGCGAGCUCGGCGAAGGCGAUGGUGAGGUGGAGGAGGAAGAGGGAGAUGCUGGUGGAGGAGAUGAGCAAAGGAGAGCAGAGCAGCAUGUUGACGACCACAACCGUGACGGACGACUCGGACAUUAUUUCAACCAGGAGGAUCAGCGGAAACUCGAAGAUGAACGGUCUCACAACGGAUGAAAACCUCGCCACUAGGGCUGUGCCAAAUAGUGAGCCUCUUCUUACAAAAGCUGGGCACACACCUAAAACCAGCGAAUUCGAGAAGAGCUCGGAAAGCAAAGAUGCCAAAGUGGAAACGUCUCAGUGGCCUACUGCCAUGGGCACCGCAGCGCCAACUCACUACAUCCUUCACAGCCAGCUCAGACCUGCGUUAUCUCCCCGGCCAGAUAGGGGACCAUUACCGAACCCGGGGGCCACGACACCCAUGGGUGUCAAAAAGAUGAGCCAGUGCGCUCCAGCGGGGGUAAACUCGGGACAGCAGCCUGAUAGCAGCGAAACUAAGGACAAGAGAGCGUGGGUGUAAUCACUCCUGCACGUCUUCUUUAAACCAACACUUUUCUUGAUUUGUAUUUUUCAGAUUCUGAUUGCAUGAAAGUUGACAGAAAACAAAAGAAUAAUUUCACGAACAAUAACAUACAAAGUCAAAAGAUACGUAAACUACUGUAGAAAGAAUGUGCAACGAUAAAUGGCUUCACGGGACGUUUUUGACCGAUUGUUUCCUUCUUUUUUUGGCAACUUUGUUGAGUUUUAUUUAAAUAAAUAUAUCAGGCAGAAACAAGGCAGCAACCACGGAGGAAGUUGUGUGAAAAGAGUGAAACGCCGCUCUCAGAAAUCGGUGGGGGCCAAACCAGGACUGAAAGGAGAAGGUUUCUCCAGAAACUGCUGCAUGUGUAGCCAAAUCUUUACCAGCAUUACAUGAUUUAUAUUCAACAGAGCCGUAUAUUAGAAAGAGUCUGGUCAACUCAAAUCACGGGCGCCAUGUUUGCUACAUCAGAGCUUAGAUUCUACAGUGUAACCCUAUGGGGCGGAUGUGCUAUGUUGAAAUAAA